AUGCUCCAUCUAUCGAGCCAAAGCUGCCAUCGUGGUUCACAAGUCGGCCAUAACCCGCACAUGGACAGACGUGGAGUUGGUGGUUGUGGUAAUGGUGGGGGUGGUGGUGGGGAUGGUGAUUGUGGAGGUGAUGGUGGUGGUGGUGGUAGUGGCAGCAUGGUGGUGGUUGUGGAGUUGGUAGUGGAUGUGGAGGUUUUGGAGAAGGAGGUGGUGGUGGUGGUGGUGGAGGUGGAGGUGGAGGUGGAGGAGGUGGUGACGAAGGAUGAGGAGGAGAAGGAUGUGGUGGUGGUGGUGGAAGUAGUGAAUGUGGUAGUGCAAGUGGUGGAGUUGGAUGUGGAAGUGGAGGUGUGUCAUUUUUUAAAAUGA